AUGAAUGGUAUAUCGCUCACUACUACAAAUAACGCAACAAAUAGCUUUACCGAUAAUAUAGCCGACGAGGCUCCUCUAUCAGUCGUAUCCGAACUUUCCUCAACGGAUCUCACAACACUCGUCUCUUCCAACUCUCGUGUCUCACUGUCAACCCCUGCCAUAACCCACCAUCUCCUUCGAAUAGACUCGAGUGCCUUUCUUUUUCAGUAUCCUCGAGGAGCCUACACCACCGCGAGAACAGUAAAGCGCAUAUCUGUAGUAGACUUCCAAACCCACAUCAACCGUCUUGCUAAUUCGAUUUCUCAUAUCAAUUACAAGUCGUUCGAUUGCUCUUCUGUUAUCGAGGAAUCGAGCAAUGCUGUCGCGGUAGAUGCUGCUGAUUGUGCUGAUUGCGAAGACUGUGGAGAACCGGAAGAGGUCCGAAAUGCAUUGAAGCCAUUUAGGAAUGCUGCAACUUUAAAGAGAUUAUUGCUUCCAGUGGUUAGAGAAGGAUUAAGAAAGUAUUAUGAAAUUGAAGAAGAGAAUACUUGGCAUGUUAAAGGCGUCAGUGAGGCAAGGAUUACUGUAUUGAUUUCUUAUUCUUUCGAGAAACGCCAACCAAUUCUUGCUACCCACGUUUCGCCAUUACGCGCACCUCAAUCCGGGAAAUGUAGAGUGGAAGUGCACGGUGAACCUCGAAAAGCAGCUGAAACAAAAGAUUCGCAGUGGGUUCGCGAUCGCAGAAGCCUCGAGGCUUCGCUUCGUCCUGGCUUCAACGAACUUCUUCUGUACGAUUCCAACACCAAGAACAUAUACGAAGGCCUGUCCUCCAACUUUUUUGCAGUAUUGCACAAUCCCGACACCCAACGAUCCGUCGUAGUCACAGCUCCAAAACAUUGCGUAUUAGAAGGAACUAUUCUGCGUAUAGUCGAAACGAUAUGCGAGAGAGAUGGGAUAGAAUUCCGGUUCUGGUUCCCAAACGUUGCGGACGUUGAAAUGUGGACUGGGGCAUUUAUUACAAGUACAUCGAGGUUAAUUCUUCCGGUUGAAAUGAUAAGGUUUCGUGAUGGAAGGCCGCCAGUAAAGCUUCCAACACAUGAUGAAACGAUAGCCCACAUACGAGAAGAAGUUCACAAGGAAAUAUUCAAGCGAGCUCAUCGGAUACUUUGA